UUUCCACUUUGCACAUCAAUGGUGGCCUUCACGUCGCCGUCGUCGAGUGUGGGCAUGCAAUGGCCUGCCAAGUUCGGCUUCCCUCCGAUUCUAGACCUGGCCAGCGCCAACCUCAACUACACCCAAGGCACGCGCAAUGUCUUCAAGUUCGGAGGCACGUCGGUGGGAUCGCCCGAGCGACUGUUUCAGCUUGUGACCAUCGUCAAGGCUGAACGGAAGCGGGUGAUGUCCGUGGUCGUGUCUGCGAUGGGCAAGAACACUGACUUGCUUCUGGAUGCUGCGUCCGCGGCUGCUUCGGGGGAUAUCGAUGCAGCAUUGGCCUUGAUCGACCGCGUCGAGGAGUUGACGAUUCGCAAUGCGAACGACACCCAACGCCUCAUUCUUGGCGACGACAAGCCAAUCGAAGACCUCACGAAAGACAUCCAAGCCUUCCAUGUCCCACUGCGUCAACUACUGCUUGGCGUGAGUUUACUGCGGGAGCAGACCCUUGCCGCCCUCGACACGGUGUUGUCGUUUGGCGAGCGCAUCAGCGCAACCAUCGUCGCCAAACUUCUGACGGCCAACGGUGUCCCAGCCAUCUAUGUGGAUGCUCGGAAAUGGGUGGUCACAAACGAGAGCUUUGGCUGUGCCAAAGUCGACUUCGAAGCGUCCAAGGCCAAACUCGUGGCUCUAGCUCCGACGUGGGGCUCUUUACUACCCGUGAUCACGGGCUUUAUCGGCAAGUCGACGUCCGGCCGCACCACGACCCUGGGUCGCAACGGAUCGGACUACACGGCCACGCUCAUCGGCGCCAGUUUGCAGGCAGACUACGUGGUCAUCAACACGGAUAUCUCGGGGGUGAUGACCGCCGACCCGCGCAUCGUCGGGUCCGCCACGUCCGUGUCGCAUCUGAGUCAUCACGAAGCACUGGAACUGGCCAUCUACGGCACCCGCAUGUUUCACACGCGCACGAUGGUUCCGUUGAUCAAUUCUGGCGUGACCAUGUUGAUUCGCAACACGAUGGACCCGAGUGGCAACGGCACGUACAUCAGCAGCUUGGCGAGCGCCGACAAGUCGGUCACGUGCACCACAUCACUGGAAAACUUGUCGCUCAUUGAAGUCCGGACACGGAUCUUGCAAGAAGCCGACCGCCACGAACACGGCAACGUCGGCGCCCGCGUGAUUCAGUGCCUCGAGCACGAGCGCGUCCACAUCUGGCUGUCCAUCCGAGCGGCGCACGGCCAGUCCAUUUCCAUCGUCGUGCCAUCGCAUCAAGAGGUGGUCGCGCGCACCGCCAUCGCCACGGAGCUCAAAUCGGAGCUUCAAAACAACGAAGUGGACACAGUUAACUGUGUGUCGCCCGUCACCAUGUUGUCCAUUGUGGGCGAAAAGCUCAACAAAGCAUCGGCAAACGCGGCGAAAAUGUUUACCGCCCUGGCCACUGCUGGGAUUGAUGUGCUGGCGGUGGGCCAAGGCACGAGUUCGCGGUCGCUGAGCUGCAUUGUCCACGGCGCCAAGACCAAGUUGGCCGUGCGCCGCGUACAUGACGCGUUCAACGCGUCGACGUUGGUCGCGAAUUUGAUUUUGCUCGGGUGCAACGGGACGACUCGCAGCAUUCUCGACAAAAUCAUCGGCCAAGCCGACAAAUACCGGCAGCGCCACAACGUCGAGCUGCGCGUGGUCGGGUUUGGCUCCAACUGUACGCCGUUCCAGUUUGACCCGAAUGGCAUCAAGCUCGACACGCUGGUCGAUCAACUUCAGUCGUGCUCCAAGGCCACUCCCCUUCGACGGGACUGCGGCCUCUACGACCACGCCCGCCCCUCGGACGACAUCGUGUCUCUGAUCCAUGACUUGUCGUGUCCGAUCCUGGUCGACUGCUCGGGGCGAAGUGACAAUGCUGCGUUUUACUCGAGCUGCUUUGCCAAGGACAUCCACGUGAUCGUGUCCAACGUCCGGUCGGCCAACUCGGUACCCAAGUCGUCUGCGUCGCCGUCGCUCCAUGCCCUGGACCCGUGCUACUUUUUGUACAAUUCGGUCGUCGGCGCCAGUUUGCCCAUCUUCGACACCCUCGCCAAUCUCCUCAACACGGGCGACCACCUCCACCGGGUAGACGCCGCGCUCAGUGGCACCCUUGGCUACGUCUGCGACAGAGUGAUGCGAGAUGGCGUCACGUUGUCGCAAGCUAUUCGCGAUGCGUGGGACCACGGGUACAUGGAGGCCAACCCCAAGGAAGAUUUGAGCGGCGAUGACGUGGCCCACAAAGUCAAAGUGUUUGCGCGGGCGCUGGGCACGUCGCUCGCCUUGUCCGACAUCGAGGUGACACCGUUUGUGCCGACGUCGAUCUUGGACGACUUGCACUGGGACAACGAUGUUGUGGACGUGGAGAAACUGGUCCAGGCGCUUGAAGCGUACGACGCUACGUUCGACGCUACUUUUGUGCAGCCUGCGUUACAACAACGAAAGCGCUUGCGAUAUGUGGCCACGCUGGUGAUGGGCACGGCGUCCUUGAGUGCCCGCAUCGAAUUGUUGUUGGUCGACGAAUCCCACCCGUCGUUCCGCACCCAAGACAACGACAUUGCCGUGGGCCUCACCACGACUGAAUACAACGUAAGAUUGAGACCUUAAACACAACAUGCCUUGUAAAUAUGCGAACGUAGGCUCGGCCGCUGGUUUUGACGGGAAGUGGCACGGGCGGCAGUGCCAGCGCCACGGGGGUGAUGCGUGACAUCUUGACCAUUACCAAGAGUUUGCAAGGGGUCUAAGGGCAAAACUCUGUCGACUGUUUAAUCCUCCACUCGCAGCCUUCCGCCUCAUGGAGGCAUGUAGCCGUUAGCCUGCUUGGACGACGAAUCUGUCGACUUAAGUCUUGACUUCAAACAACACCAUUUUUCCCACUUAC